AUGUAUCUGGCUUUCCUUCUUAUCUUCAUUUUGUUCACUAGCCCUGCAAUAUCAAUUGAUUGUGGAGAGGAUCGAUGUUUUGGAAAUCCGCAAAACUGCGAUUCCCCUGAAAAUUGUCAAUUUUUAUUUAAUUUUGAUACAAAUGGAAAUCUCGAUCUUCAUCUCAAAAACUUCACCCUACUUGAUUCACAAGCUUACGCGGCAUUUCGAGUUGGCGAGUGGCAAAAUGAAACAUGCACAUUUUUGCUGUGUCUUCCACAUGCUCAAAAAAUGGUGCGAGCAAUUUCCAAACUAGGAGAUCCCAUCACAGUUGUCAAAUCUGAGAUUAGGAGCGAAAAGGUCAAGAAAAUCGAUAAAAAUCAGUUCGUGUGCUCUUUUUCGAAAAAUGAGCUUUUCAAAUAUUAUCAACAUGAGCAAUGGUUUUUUGUGUCAACUGGAGUAUUUAAUGGUGAGUUAGUUGUGGAAUGUUUUUUUUGGUGAAUUUCGGUAGUUUUUUUAGAAACUGAAAAACUUGUGAUUGUGGAUGGCGAACAACUUUAUGCAUUCCACGCAGAUUCUGAUGGUUAUGUUGAAUAUGAUUAUGAAUAUGAAGAUGCAGAGAAAAAUGAUAUUGAACCAAAGAAAGAACUAGAGACCUCAAAGCCAUCUGUGGAAUUUAUCCCAGUUAAAGUGGAUUAUUCAGUUCCAUCUGAACAGCCUGGAAUGGAAUUUAAAACUGGAGCUGAAGCUGAAAAUGAAACUGAAACUAACAAUAAUUUGAUAUACAUUGAUGAUAAUUCAAAAUUGUGAGUUUGAAGAAUUUUUUAGAUCAAAACGGAACGUUUUUCCAGGGAAGAAGAUGAAGACGAGGACGAAAAUGAUUACGAGUAUGAAGAAGAGGAAGAGAACAACGAGAUGGCUACAAAAAAUGCCGCUAAAAUUAUGUAUGACACUUUUUUUUGCUUGUCUUUUUUAAUGGAUAUGAGAAUCCUAUAG